AUGAAGUCCUUAGUCUUCAUCCUUUCUCUGCUCCUCAUUCUGGAAAGACAGGCAGCUGUGGUUGGACAAUAUGGCGGCUUCACAAAAGGUGGCUUCAUGAGUAGCUCUUCAAGAUUUAUGAAAGGUUAUGUCAGUUAUGGGCUAAAAGGAGGAAGCAAGGAUGCAGCUGAACAAAGUACUUUCUUGCAAACAAAACAACAAGUAUAUAGCAAGGGUGGUAACAUGGCACGUCUUUCACAAGAACAUACAGGUGUAACAGGGGCUGCACUUUGUCGUAAAGGACAAAUAUCCCUAAUAAAAUCCAAGGAAUCACAAGUAAAAUCCUUUGGACAAGCGAAAUCCCAUGAAUCUCCAGUGAAGUCCUAUGGACAAAUAAAAUCCUACAGAUCUCCAGUGAAAUCCCAUGAAUCUCCAGUGAAGUCCUAUGGACAAAUAAAAUCCUACGGAUCUCCAGUGAAAUCCCAUGAAUCUCCAGUGAAGUCCUAUGGACAAAUAAAAUCCUACGGAUCUCCAGUGAAAUCCCAUGAAUCUCCAGUGAAGUCCUAUGGACAAAUAAAAUCCUACGGAUCUCCAGUGAAAUCCCAUGAAUCUCCAGUGAAGUACUAUGGACAAACGAAAUCCCAUGGAUCUCAAGUGAAGUCCUAUGGACAAAUAAAAUCCUACGGAUCUCCAGUGAAAUCCCAUGAAUCUCCAGUGAAGUCCUAUGGACAAACGAAAUCCCAUGGAUCUCAAGUGAAAUCCUAUGGACAACUGAAGUCUCAAAAUGCUCAACUGAAAUCUUAUAGCCAGCUAAAAUCCCGAGAUGCCCAACUAAAAUCCUAUGGUCAACGAAAAUCCUUUGAUGAAGAUACCCAACUGAAAUCUUAUGCCCAAGAAAAAUCCCAAGUAGCCCAUCAAGCCUUUAGCCAAGCAAAAACCCUAAAUGGUUUUUCUCAACAAACUCAGCAUAAAGGAUUUGCCAUGAAUGAAGUGCUAUCGCAAGUGCGUAAACAAUAUGAUGAUGAUACAUCUGUACAACAAAAGUCUAGCCAACAGGUAAAAACAGAGCAAGAUUUAUCCCAAUUUGGACAAGAACACUCACAAUCCUAUAAAGGAUAUCUUGAACAAUACCAAAAGAAAUCACAAGACCACUAUCAACAAAAAAGAAAUUUUAAUGGAGGUGGCUAUUUUACAAAGGGAGGAGAAGGCCUAUAUCAAAUUCAACUUAAGAGCUAA